AUGGUCGAUCCAUUCCUGAUCGUACCAAUCCCGGAAUACGAAAUGCGGGAUGUUGUUGAGUUUAGCGUGCGUCAGCAGCACCUCUCGCAAAAGCAGGUAGCCGUCGAAAAACUGCGAUUGCUCUUCCUCAUCUUCGACGUCGCCGUCAGCUGCAUGGCAGUACGUUGGGUCGAAGAGCUGUUUGAAGACGUCGAAGAAAACCAGCUCGAAUGUCCCUCCACACCUCAAGAUCUGGCUCAAUAUGCGUUCAACGCGGUAUAUCAGUUGGAGGGUCUGCGGUCCCUUAGCGAAGUCAAGGAGGACGUUCCCCUCCUUUUCAGCACUGCAAACGACAUGCACAAUCAGCGACUCGGCGUGGAUGACGCAGCAACUCUCCUUGGCGCCCGAGCUUCCCAAAAGGUUGAGGAAGUCGGUGGGGCACAUUGCGUGCCAAAGCCUGAUUCUGUCCUUCAGCGGCACAUCGGGGUCGCUCCUGAGGCUCUUGACGCAUUCCAUAUUAAGAACACCAAGCGAGCCGUAAUCCAUGCCGCUGACGGGGUCCGUCCCCUGCGUGCGGUCAGCGUGUGA